AAAUUAUAACCUCGUAAAAAAAAAGUUGUUGCAGCGUAGAUCUGUAGAUUGUGAUAAAUAAUUAAAUUUAUAAAUUUAAAAUGGUGAAAAAUUACGAAAAUUCUAUUUCUGAUGAUUUAAAUAGUGAGCCGAAGAUUUUUAAAAGAAAAACUGUCGACUAUCAGGAUUUCGGGUCUAAGUUUUUGCAAAAAACAAAAGAUUAUGCUAAACAAUUUUUUCAUGUCUACUCCAGCAGACUGAGGGAGUUGAGAAUUAUUUUGGAAGACAAGGCAUCAAAAAAAUGGCCUGAAGCGAAAAUUCUUAAGCUACCGGAGCUGGAAAAUCUGGAGGAUGAAAAAUGCGUCAUCAUCGGGACGCUUUUUAAACACCAGGUAUGGAAACCUUCAAUAUUACGUGAGCUGAGCGACGAAAUUGAAGACUCGGGUGUAAUUCCUGAAAAACGCGCCAACUAUGCCGGUGAGAAGGACCAACUGUACCUGGAGGACGAGAUGCUGAGGAUUAAAAUUGCUGGAGAUGUUGACUUCUCUGAGGCCGUUACUGGAGUCGUUUGUGCUCUGAUGGGCAAGACUCUAGAAGACGGGUCAUUCAAAAUAGACGACUGGACUUUCCCUGGAUGUCCUCCGCGUCAGCAACUGGAAGCUCCGGUAGCAGGAAAACUUCUGCUGGUCUCGGGACUAGACUUGGCGAAUGACACCAACAGCUUGGCACGCGACCUCCUGCUGGAGUGGAUCAGCGGCAUGGCAGGGAGCUCAGAAGCUCAGGAAGAAGCUGCGUCUGUAAUAAAUUUGGUGAUUGCUGGGAACAGUGUCAAGACAACAGACUCAGAGCAGCAGCACAGUCGCGGUUUGAUAAAAUCAAAAGCACUGGAGAUGGCUUCGACCCGCGAGCUCUCUGCCGGAAUAAAUAAACUCGAUAAAUUGCUGUCUCAAAUACUAAAUCACUGCUCGGUUACUCUGAUGCCAGGUCAGUAUGAUCCUUCCAACGUGAUGCUGCCUCAGAAACCCAUUCAUCGUCUGCUGCUUCGCGAGUCUCGUGGGUUCGAGAAUCUCAAGGGAGUGAACAAUCCCUGGUCGGGUGUAAUUGGCAACCGGUUGAUCUGCGGCUCCAGUGGACAACCCAUCGAAGACAUUAUUCGCGUUUGCGGAGAAUCGGAUCGUACUGCUCUUCACUACCUGGAAAAAACCCUAGACUGGAGGCACUUUUGUCCCACCGCUCCUGAUACUCUCCCCUCAUAUCCGUUCCACGACAAAGAUCUUUUCAUCAUGCAGCAGUGCCCCGAUAUUUAUUUCGCCGGCAAUACUGAGAAAUUUGAAACCAAGAUCUGGAAAAAUCAAGAUAAUGAGCCAGUAAGACUCAUAUGUGUCCCGAAAUUUUCUACCACCAGUACAGCUGUCCUCGUUGACCUCAAGACACUUGAUGUCACUCCAAUAUCAUUUGGAAUUAAUUAGAUUUUUUUGUCAUCAAUUUUUAAUUGGAAUUUUACUAAAUAAAAUUUUUUUUACUUUUGAUAAAAAAAAAUUUUCAUGUUCACUUUUUAAUUGUUAAUUUAAAUACCGAUUCCGGAUGAGUACCAAGUACUCGGUAAUUAUUCAGUCCUAUUUUUUUUAUGCCAGUCAUUAGAUUUUAUUACAAAUUUAUUUCUUAUCAAACACGUGCUCUCAUGAGCGAUAUAAUUAAAAAUGUUCUGAUAAAACUGCUGACAAUGUUAUCAGUCGCAAGCAGAAGUCAGGUUUCUUAAAUGAAAUACUUAUUUGUAAAAAAAAUCAAUGAUACAAUUUUUAAAAAUUUUAAAUUUUUCUGGCGGGAAGUUCAAAAAAUUAAUUUUAGAUACUGAAUUUCCUGAGAAAAAAA